GUUUAAAACCAAACGGAAGCUAUUAUCAACUUUAUCCUUGUAUGUUGAAGCAAUAGGAACAUUUACACGACAUUGAUUUCGCUUUGGACUCGAUAAGCUCGCAUGUCUUUCAUGCCAUUAAUAGUAAAUCAAACGAAUAAACCGAAUAAAGGAAUUGAAUUUCCAGCAGACAUGUUUCCACAGCAACGUUUAGUUGUUUAUUUACUAGAAAUGAUUUAUUAAAGUUUUCUUCGCUUCUCUUUCGCAUUUAUUCCAUGAGCUGGCUUAAAAUCACCUAAAACAAACUUUUAUCGACAAUUCGAUGCGCCUAAAAUAUAAAUAAACUCAUUCCUCGCCAUUCAAGAUAUGUGUUUAGAGAACGUGAAAAUUGGAGGGAGUGUCACGAGUAAUUAACCUGUCUGAGAAAUUGAAAGGAAGAAGGGAAAAUUCCUGUGAAGUUGAUUUCUAUUCGCAGUGACCCCCUUCUUUUGAAAAAUUUAUCUUCGUGUUUUCCUCCACAUUUUUGAGGGUUUUGAAUAAAAAAAACCGUCACGCUACCAAAGCAACGCACCAGAAUGCCAGAAUGGGCAGAAGCAAAGCGGGAAAACAAGCUCGUGAUCGAACCAGCCACAGCGGCAGCAGUCGAGGCAGCUUUGGAAGCCGAACAGGACGACACAGAGCAGCCCAGUUCCUCUGGUGAUUCGUCACCAUCCAAGAGCAUUAAGACCUCUUCUGGUAAUCCACCUCGCAUGGAGGAAUUAAAGGAUGCCAGCAUCCACCAUACCGCACUCAAACUCGCCGAGGAUAUUAAGGCAAUGAAAAUCUACGGUAGUCUGUAUACAAUGGUUCAGAAGCUUGCCUGUUCGCCUGAGGUGGAUAAAGAUGACAUGCGACACACGCUGGAGGCUGCGAUCAAAGCGAAUGGACUUGAAACCGAAAUUCGUAACGUCAUUUACCAUCUGAUUCGAAACUCACUGAAGCCUGAAUCAAAACCAACGCUGCCGUCCAGCGAUCCGCUUAACUACUUGAAACGAGCGGGAAUUCAGUGGGAGCGUCGCGUUCGUAAGUCAUUAAAUUCCAUGUGUUCCGAAUCGAAGGCGCAACUGCAGGGCCAAAUGCGAAUUGUUACCGACCGGGAAGAGAUUCUAGCCAAAUGGGAUGAAUUAGGCAACUACCAGAUUGAUCUGACAAACUACCGUCCAGUUUACGCACCGAAGGAUUUACUCGAUGUGCUUCUCUCCUUGAAAGGCCCCGUCAAGCAGGACGAAACAGAGUACAAACGAUACUUUCGCUUCUCGUCGCAGCAAAUCGCCAACAAGCUUAAACUAAUUCAAUCGUUUUUCAGCUUCUUGCCAAAGUGGGAAUUUUCGCACAUUUCCCUUCCGGUUAAAAAUCUUUUCGAGCUGCGUGUACAUUUUUCGGAACUGCUGCGUAACGACAACAGUGGCAGUACCGUUGAUUGGUCCGUCACGUGUCAGAAGAUCUUAAAGACACGACAUGCACCGCUAUGUCAGCAGGCACUGAAGAAAGGGAUUACACCGCCUCCAUUACGAGGACCACUGUGGGCCUACGUGCUUGGAAGUCAAGUGGAAGCACAUAACGUCGAGCAUUGGGAAAAUUUGAAACAGCAGGUACUUACAACUGAGUCCAUCGUCGAUAAGCUCGUGUUCAAGGACGUUCAAUUAACGGCUACUAAUGACGAUCGUUAUUUUGUGUUCGAAGAUAUUUUGUAUCAGAUUAUGCUAUGCUUCAGCCGGGAUGCAGAAAUCAGCCAGAUGAUCCAAACGGAAUUCACUAGCUCAGCUAAGUUUAAGCAAUAUGAGGGACCGGCUUGUGGUUUUGUCCCAUUUCACGGGAUUUGUAUGCUGGCAGCUCCGUUCUGCUACUUAUACGAUAAUCCAGUGUCUCUGUAUUUCACGUUUCGCAUUUUUUAUGUACGCUAUUGUUAUCGGUUAACAACUAUUAAUACUCAUCCACAAGGUAUUGUCAGUCUGUGCUUGUUGUUCGAGAAACUCUUGCAGACUCAUGAGCCACAAUUAUGGUCACAUUUCCGUGAGUUGCAGAUUCAACCAAUACGCGUUGUUUUCAAAUGGCUUAUGCGUGCUUUCAGUGGCCACUUGCCACCGGAGCAAUUACUCAUUCUAUGGGAUCUUAUUCUUGGCUACGACAGUUUAGAGAUUCUGUCGCUUCUGUCCCUUAUAAUAAUGAGCUUUCGCAGAGAAAGCCUAAUGCAGGUGGUGACCUUGGAGAACAUCGAAGCUAUUUUGUCGGACCUGUCUUCCGUUAAGGUGCUACCCUUGAUACAGCUGACACUGUCGCGAGACUGAGUGCUGCGAAACAUUUUCAUGCUUGAAAAUGAUUAAAAGAAGAGGUUUGUGGGAAACAAUGGUGCAAUUGUUUGAAUGAUUUUGCCAGUAAUGAAAAUAGACGAACUAUUAGUAAUGAACCACCUGGUUUAUGUUAGUAUCAAUUAAUAGUUGAAUUAGCAAGAAUCAUUAAUAUUAAUAAAAAUACGUGAUCUCUGAUCGUAAUACAUUUUGUCGCAACUAUAUAGUGUGAUUAGAAAUAAAAUUAAAAAUAGU